UUUUCACUCUACGACCUUGGGUAAACCCUGUGGGAAAGAGGAGGAGCCAACCGUGGACUUCCUAUCGGCACAAGUCUUUUUCUUCUUCCCCUCCUCCCCCAAUCCUCCUUUCCAUGUUGAGUCUUCAUAUUCUGAGGCUGCAGAGGGCUCCCUCUGUUGUAGGGACAUUUUACGCUGGAAAUUGAUAGCGAAGUGCCGAGAUUUUGUUUUAUAAUAUGUAAGAACUUUCAAGCCAAGUGCUUUGCUUUACAAUUCUGUCCCCUCUCCUAGUACUUUAGAUUGUUAAGUAUGUUAACUAGUAAAGGAUGUGCAGUUAUGCCGGUUGUAACAGUUUCCUUGCAGAUCCAUAAAGGGAUUGUAAAGAAAUCAGAAUAUGCCAUUCAGGGAACGCUGUUAAUCUGGAUAUGAACUUUCAGAGUUUUGAAAGAAUAAUUUCAGGCCAUAUGAGAAUGGGGCAAAAGCUAAAAAACAGUUUGACAACAGAGAUGUUAGAAAGCUUUUACAUUUUAGGUUAAUAUCCACUCUCUUUAGGAGCUCACUAUCAAUGAACAUUUUCUCUUAGAAAAGACUUUGUGAAAAUGGUGAAAAGCUCUAAAUCAAAAUAGUGUGCUUUUGUUUUGGAGCUUUCUGGAUGUAUUAAAAGUAUAAAUAUUAUUUCUUUUAAGGCAUAUGGAAGUCAAGAGCUUAAUUCAGUUUAAGUGGGAAACUUGAGAGCUGUCCAAAUUGCCUUUACCCAUUUCACAAUGAAAAGUAUGAACAACCCAAAAUUCCUGACACAUAUUUUUUUUAAAUGAUCUACUUUUGUGCAUAUAUGUAACAUGUAUUUAACUAAAUAAACGCAUGACUUAAUUCUCUGAGGAACUAUUUAAUUAUUAACACAAAUGAAAUAAUUCUUUGUCGUAUACUUGAAAUAAACCGUUAUUUAUACUUGGAUUCCCCUGGGUGGUACAAUAAUGGUCUUGGCUGCUUAGUGAAAGGUUGUAGGUUGAAGUCCACCCUUAAGUGCCUCAGAAGAAAGGCUUGGCAAUCUACUUCUGAAAAAUCAGCCAUUGAAAACCGUAUGGAACACAGUUCUACCCCGAUACACGUGGUGUUGCCAUGAGUUGGAAUCUACUUGAAGACGACUGAUUUUUGGACUGGUACCCUUGCAAAUGACUGAUUAAUAGUUGGUUUGUUUGUUUAAUCUAUGUUUAGAAAGCCUAAGGAUACAAAAAAAAUUUUUUUUUUUGGUAUGGCAAUGUAAACCCAUCAAAGUCAGGUUUUACAGUUUUGACUCUACAGUAUUGUGAAAGUCUGCCAGUUGUUCAUUAGAUAUCCUAUCAUGGAGCAAAAUAAUGUAGAAGUCAGAAAUCUGAGUUUUGAGAUUUACCUCAUUGAAUACAUCUUUCAUUUAAAUGGUAUACAUUUUUCGUAGCACAUGAUUUGGGAGUUACACUUUGAGACAUGGAUGAAUCUGCACUGACCCUUGGCACUAUAGAUGUUUCUUACCUGCCAAAUUCAUCAGAAUACAGUGUUGGUCGGUGUAAGCAUACAAGUGAGGAAUGGGGUGAGUAUAGUUUCAGACCCACUGUCUUCAGAUCUGCGACUUUAAAAUGGAAAGAAAGCCUAAUGGGCCGGAAAAGGCCAUUUGUUGGCCGAUGUUGUUAUUCCUGCACUCCGCAGAGCUGGGAGAAAUUCUUCAACCCCAGUAUCCCAUCGUUGGGUUUGCGGAAUGUUAUUUACAUCAAUGAAACUCACACAAGGCACCGAGGAUGGCUUGCAAGACGUCUUUCUUAUGUGCUUUUUGUUCAAGAGCGAGAUGUCCAUCAGGGCAUGUUUGCCACUAAUGUGAGUGAAAAUGUCCUGAACAGCAGCAGAGUUCAAGAGGCAAUUGCAGAAGCGGCUGCUGAGUUAAAUCCUGAUGGUUCUGCUCAGCAACAAUCAAAAGCCAUCAGUAAAGUGAGAAAGAAAGCCAAAAGGAUCCUUCAAGAAAUGGUUGCCACCGUCUCCCCAGCAAUGAUCAGACUGACUGGGUGGGUGCUGCUAAAACUCUUCAACAGCUUCUUUUGGAACAUUCAAAUCCACAAAGGUCAACUCGAGAUGGUUAAAGCAGCAACCGAGAUGAAUUUGCCGCUUAUAUUUCUACCAGUUCAUAGAUCCCAUAUUGACUAUCUACUGCUCACUUUCAUUCUUUUCUGCUACAACAUCAAAGCACCAUACAUUGCUUCAGGCAAUAAUCUCAACAUUCCUAUCUUCAGUACCUUGAUACAUAAACUUGGGGGCUUUUUCAUCCGACGGAGGCUGGAUGAAACACCAGAUGGACGGAAGGAUGUUCUCUAUAGAGCGUUGCUUCAUGGCCAUAUAGUUGAACUACUCCGACAGCAGCAAUUCUUGGAGAUUUUCCUGGAAGGCACACGCUCUAGGAGUGGAAAAACCUCCUGUGCUCGGGCAGGCCUUUUGUCAGUUGUGGUAGAUACUCUGUCUACCAAUACCAUCCCAGACAUCUUGAUAAUACCUGUUGGAAUCUCCUACGAUCGUAUUAUCGAAGGUCACUACAAUGGCGAACAACUGGGCAAACCUAAGAAGAAUGAGAGCCUUUGGAGUGUAGCAAGAGGUGUUAUUAGAAUGUUACGAAAAAACUAUGGCUGUGUCAGAGUGGAUUUUGCACAGCCAUUUUCCUUAAAGGAAUAUUUGGAAAGCCAAAGUCAGAAACCUGUGUCUGCUCCACUUUCUAUGGAGCAAGCAUUGUUACCAGCUAUACUUCCUUCAAGACUCAAUGGUGCUGCUGAAGAAGGUACAAACACGUCCAUUAAUGAUUCCAGAAAUGCAACAAAGGAAUUGUUUCGAAGGAGGUUGAUUGCAAAUCUGGCUGAGCACAUCCUAUUUACUGCUAGCAAAUCCUGUGCCAUUAUGUCAACACACAUCGUGGCCUGCCUGCUUCUCUACAGACACAGGCAGGGAAUUGAUCUCUCCACGUUGGUGGAAGACUUCUUUGUGAUGAAGGAGGAAGUCCUGGCUCGUGAUUUUGACCUGGGGUUCUCAGGAAAUUCAGAAGAUGUGGUUAUGCAUGCCAUUCACCUGCUGGGAAAUUGUGUCACAAUCACACACACCAGCAGGAAUGAUGAGUUCUUCAUUACUCCGAGCACAACUAUUCCGUCCGUCUUUGAACUCAACUUCUACAGCAAUGGGGUUCUCAAUGUCUUCAUCAUGGAAGCCAUCAUGGCCUGCAGCCUAUACGCAGUUCUGAACAAGAGGUGCCCAGGAGGGCCUGCUGGCAUCCCUCCCAACUUGGUUAGCCAGGAGCAGCUGGUGAGGAAGGCUGCCAGCUUGUGCUAUCUGCUCUCUAACGAAGGCACCAUAUCACUCCCCUGCCAGACAUUUUACCAAGUUUGCCAUGAAACAGUGGGGAGGUUUAUCCAGUAUGGCAUUCUUACGGUGGCGGAGCAAGACGAUCAGGAAGACAUCAGUCCGGGUCUUGCUGAGCAGCAGUGGGACAAGAAACUUCCUGAACCUUUAUCUUGGAGAAGUGAUGAAGAAGAUGAAGACAGUGAUUUCGGUGAAGAGCAGCGAGAUUGCUAUCUGAAGGUGAGCCAAUCCAAGGAACACCAGCAGUUCGUCACCUUCUUGCAGAGACUCCUCGGGCCUUUGCUGGAGGCCUAUAGCUCUGCCGCCAUCUUUGUUCACAACUUCAGUGGCCCUGUUCCAGAGCCUGAAUAUCUGCAGAAGUUGCACAAAUACCUAAUAACCAGAACAGAAAGAAAUGUUGCCGUGUAUGCUGAGAGUGCCACGUAUUGUCUUGUGAAGAAUGCAGUGAAAAUGUUUAAGGAUAUUGGGGUUUUCAAAGAAACCAAACAAAAGAAAGUGUCUGUUUUAGAACUAAGCAGCACUUUUCUACCUCAGUCCAAUCGGCAAAAACUCCUAGAAUAUAUUCUGAGUUUUGUGGUGCUGUAGGUAACUCCUGGCACCCCUGCAAGUGAAGGGCAUGGGAUGAGUACCUCGCAGGCCCCAGCCUCCGACUCGAGAGUAGAAGGUGCCGACUGUGGUCAGGCCUGGCCUGACCUGAAUGACCUCCUGGAAGACAAGUGCCUUCUCCCCUCCGUGGAUCUGUGAUCAUCCCAACUCUAAGAUGACACAGGAGCCUACAGAUAACACUUUGGGAGGCCCCCAGCCUCCAUUUGUAAAUCAUAAUCAGUAGAUUACAAAAUGAAAUCUCGAUAAAUUAUUUUGGAGUUUAUUAAAGAUUUACAUUUUAAGUACCACUUUUAAGGACCAAUUACCGUGAUGGACACAAAAACGUAGUUGUGUGCUAGAACCGAGACUUGCGUAGUAAGUACAUUUAAUACUGUCAGGGAAUUCCGGGGACUAUUUUCUGAUUAAUGGUUAAUGAUUCCUUAAAAAUAAUUGAGUCAUCUGUUCGCUGUUUUUUGUUUUUCAGCUUUACCUUUAUCAAUAGUUACUGUAUUUUAAAUGGGAGCACCUUUCCUCCCAAAGUGCUUUACACAUGAAUGGGCUGAGAUAAACCAUGCCAGGUACCACUAUGCUGUCCUCUGCAGUCAGCUUUAGAAAGUGUUCUAAGAGCUACGGGACAAUAGACAAUAUUAGUUUAGGUCAGAAAUAAAGCUAGUGUGAUCAAACAGCUAAUAUCAGGAAGUAAAUUUGGCUGGCAAAAUUCAAGGUAAACUUGGCCAGAAAACUGGCUUUGAAAACCUUUGCUCUCACAGAAAAGUGCCAUCGAGUUUUAAAUGACCAGCAAGCAUUUAGAAACUCUUCCUGUUUCGUGUCUGUGCCCCCUCCUCACCCUAGGUCUCCCCAAGUGCUACCUCUCACAGUAGGUAGCUGUAUCUUGGAAAUCCCCCAGCCAGCUAUUAACUGUCCUGGCUUGAUUAGUUUGGCCUGAUAGGCUGUUUAGCGUAAGGCGCUCAGGCUCUAGGCUCCUGACUGGGCGGUCGCCAGCUGCUGUGUACAGACUUUGCACUGUAACCCAGUCUGGAUGCCUGGUACCCAUGCAAAUUGUGCAGUGCACAACCUGUGUGCUGUACUCGAUGGCCCUGCUGGCUGGGAAGUGGUUGAAGGCACUUACGGAUUUUUUAGCUUUGAGGGAAAACCAUGGUUCUUUAAAAAUUUAUAUGGGUUAUGUACCUAAAUUCCAGUGCCACAUACUGGCAAGUGAUUAUGAAAAGCUGUUCAUAAUGGUAGGUGCCUUUUAUGUGCAGGGAGCAUAAUUGUUACCUAAUUGUGGUAAUUAUGGUGAUUCCUUAAAGAUCAUAUAAUGUGAAAAUAUUCUUUUAAAACUUACUGUCUCUUAACGCCACACCGUUAUGGAGGUAGGAAUUUUCCCUGAUAAAUGUUGUGUAUCUUCUUUGAAUUCAACAUAAAAGUACUCAGAAUUAAGUUUGUACUUUUAUAAGCUUGGAUUUUAAACACCAAGAAUAUCUCAUAAAUAAUAGGUGUGUGUGAUCGGGAGAGGAAGGGAUGCUGAUUGUUAUUUCAUGUUGUAUGAAAUGUCUCGUCUGAAACUCAUAGCAAUAAUGCCGUAUACUCUGGUGAUCUUUUUCCAUUGGUCUCAGAUUCUGUAUUUAAAGUAUAUUCCUUCUUUGUCUUCAUAGGGCCUCGUGUACUAUUAGGUCAUUGUCCGUGUUGUGGCAGCCUUGUUGUGGGGUUGGAUAUUCUGUUAGCAUUCCGUUUUACUAGCUGGGGUGGAAGAACGCUGCUUCUCUGGGCUGGAACUCUGCAUUUGGGCCAGUACCCAUGGAGGAUUAUUCAUUCCCUUGAGUGUUCCUUGUCUGGGGACUCAAACAUUUCCCUAGUCUCUUUUGUUCCCUCUGAAUCACAGAUCGAGGAUUACUCAAACUCCGCUAGGUAGCUGAAGGUCACGGAUGAGGCCGACUUCCCAGUGGGUCCCACUGCCUUGGCACCUCUGCGAAGAGCUGCUGCCGUGCCAGCCCGAGCGGGGGAACAGUGGCUCCUCUGGCUCGAUCUCCCCCGUUGGUUGGUUUGUUUGCUAGAUGUCUAAUGAGUUGCUCUGGGGACUGCAACGUGGUUCGCUAGCUCUCGCCGCUUAGCUCACUGUGAGAACACAUGCGCAUGGUCUUUGUAAUUCACUGGUGCUUUGAAACCUUUUUUUAAGGAAGAAAAAUCUCAACCAAAGCUAAUGCUCCUCCAGACAAGCAGACCUUUGAGUUAAUUUUAGCACAGCUUAUUCUUCAGUGCCUCAUUACUGAGAAAACGUUCAUCAUCACAAUAAGGCUUCCAGGCAGCACUGUCUUUGCUAAUAUAUAUUCUUAUUGUUUUCCAAAAGCGGAUGGCUUCCCUGUAAGACUAAACACACUAGGUGCUCGUAAAUAAUUACAGUUUACUGCAUUUCUGUAAAACUGAAAUGCAUGCCCUCUAGCGGAAGACUGUGAGUCAAGUUAAAAAAAAAAAAAAACUAAUAAUAAGCAAUAUGAAACUGCACUCUUGUUUUUUAAACGAGAACGUUCUUAGUAACUAAGAGGGGAAGGGAUUUUUGCUCUCUGAAAGCUAAGAGAAACAAAGGUGAAGGACUAGUGGGAAGUGUGUAGAACGAGCAGCAGAGAGCUCUGUGAGUCCUCCUUCUCACAUCUGUUCCUUCUCAGGGUCACGAGAGUGAGUGGAGAAUCUGUACUUGGGGACUGCAGUGAAUGGAAGCUCAGGCUGUGGAAUUGCCAGUGACUGAAAGAGGAAAAGCAUUACCAUCGCGCUCUGUGUAACACGAGUGCCCCGUCACAUGUUCAUGGUGUCUUGUAGAAAAAGUGUUGCUGGUAAAAUAAGUUUGCCAGGGAUCCUCAUGGUGCACUCGUGGUGCACUUCAGCGCAUUAAGGGCUCAGGGUUCCAUGCUAAAGAGCCUGUUUAACCCGGCGUUUCUCAAACUGUUGUGACCCAGGACCUUGUCUCCCUUUUGGGACACCUGUGAGCCUAUCACUAGUGUUCCGUGGACUACAUUUUGGGGACACCACGGUAGGGAAUUCUUUAAGGGGCCAAAACAGUAACUGACAGAUGUCACUGAGGCAGAAUCUGUGUGAAUCUUGUACAAUCAAAUGUUGCAUUUAGUGAAUAUGUGUUUCUCCCCUGGAGGUGAUAAGCACAGCAAACUGGUGACACAGGUGAUCAGCUGAACGUAGGAGAAUUACCACAGGGAUCAAUGGCGGCAAAUAACGAAGGUUUUAAUUCAGAUCUAGGAGAGAACAUUGCACAAUUGAUUGUGGAUUUUUAUCCACAGAUAUUUCUAGUGUUUAGACAUGAUAGGACCCAUCGCUGAGGUUUAUAAGACUUAAUUAGGGAAAUAUGAGGUGUAAAUCUGUUUUUUAAAACACUUUGUUUAGGAACUGGAGACUUGGCAUCUGGCAUUUUAGUUUAAUAUGAACUAAUGAUUGUAUUUGGAGUCUUUUGACCUUAUUCCUGAACAUGUAAAGCUCUGAAAUGCCUUGAUGGAAAGUAUUAAGCUAUUUGCCUAUUGUACAAAGAAAUGCUAGAUUGUUGUAAAAAGAAUUACUCUAAAGUACUGUAAAAUAACACUCUGUGAUUUUGUGGACGAAACCUAUUCAGAAAUGUUGACUGAUUUUUAUGUCUGUUAAUGUAUUGUAAGAAGCGCAGAAGUAUAGUUUUAUUUUAAUAAAACAAAAAAUGAAAGUA